AUGACGCUCGAAUCCGCCAUCCCACCUCAUCUCCAACAAGAGAGGACACAGCCAUCGAAACUGCCGCAGAACUAUGACCCGCCCUUCCCAGCAUUCUCAGCACGCUUCCCGAAAGAUGUCAAAGACAUUGUGAUGGUGACGAUUGGUGCACAACAUGUCGACCGCAAGCCGUCCACAGACGCAUCCGCGCUGCCUCAUAUCAUUCGCUUCCUCAGUCAAGGGCCGGAGAAGUAUCAUCCCACGUACUGGGAGCCGGCGUCCGUCACGGACAACUCGGGAGCAUACAACGAAGUCAUCAUCUGCUACUGGCACAGCGCAGCGCAAUACCAAUCCUGGGCGACUCACAGCGGCUUCGAAGCGUGGUGGCAAGGACUCGACCCCGUGGCAGAAGCCCACGGCUGGUUCCUAGAGAUCUUCUUCCCGAGCGUGGAGCGCUUCGAAACGCUCUUCUCCAACGACCAGGCGACCGAGGGAGCGGCGUACAUGAAAACCGACAUCAGCGGUCCCAUUUCCGAGCACGUUUACUGGGGCAGCAUGCGGGACCGGCUGCCCAUCUCGCAGACCGACGCCCUGCCAGGAACCAACGAGGGAGCGAAGAGCAAGCACCGCACGGGAGCAGCGGCGCCGCUCAAGAAACGCACGCGCGUCGAGGGCAAGAAGAAUCUCGCCGUCAUCCGCUCGGGGCAGGACUGGUCGAAGACGAAUCCGCACGAGCGCAAGCUCUACUUGGACACCAUGCAUCCCGUCCUCAUCACCGGCAUGGACUUCCUGCGCGACCAGGGGAACGAGGUCGGGUGUUUUAGCUGCCGGUUCAUGGACGUGCUGGAUCGCGAGAGCUUGCAGUCGGGCACGGAGAAGACGUUUGGAUAUGCGUAUUUCGAUGAUUUGGCGUCGCUGGAGGGGUGGAGCAAGCAGCACAAGACGCAUUUGGACAUUUUCGGGCGCUUCUUGCAGUAUGCGAAGGAGUUGCAGGGGGAUGUGUCGUUGAGGUUGUUUCAUGAGGUGUUGGUAUUGGAGCCGCAGCAGCAGUUCUUCGAGUACGUGGGAUGUCAUCCCAAGACCGGAAUGCUCGCUGGGGUAUGA